ACGCGGCGCUCCGUUUCUCCGCCUCGCUCUCGGCAUGGCAGACGGCGAGCGGUCCCCGCUGCUCUCGGACCUCGGUGACGGAGCCGUCGGGAACAGUGGGAACGGUGGCGUGUCUCCUGGCCCGGCCCCGUACGGUCAACCCAACAAGCCGCAAAGUUUCCCCCCAUUUCCAAGUCCCUCUCAGCCCUCUGUGCUGUUGGGUGAGGAUCCUCCACCCUAUUCGCCCCUGACGUCCCCCGAGAGUGGCAGUGCCCCUGUGAUAAGCUGCCGGGUUUGCCAGUCCCUCAUCAGCGUCGAGGGCAAGAUCCACCAGCAUGUGGUGAAGUGCGGGGUCUGCAAUGAAGCUACACCCAUAAAGAAUGCCCCAGCAGGGAAGAAGUAUGUUCGCUGUCCCUGUAACUGUCUGCUCAUCUGCAAGGUCACGUCUCAGCGGAUUGCCUGCCCGCGGCCGUACUGUAAGAGGAUUAUAAACUUGGGGCCAGUACACCCUGGUCCUGCUAGUCCAGACCCACAACCUACUGGAGCACGAGUGUCAUGUGGCCACUGCAGCAACACUUUCUUGUGGACAGAGUUUACUGACAGGACACUGGCCAGAUGUCCCCAUUGCAGAAAAGUCUCUUCUAUUGGCCAGAGGUACCCAAGGAGGCGUAGUCUCUGGUGUUUCCUGCUCUGCUUGCUCUUCAGCAUCUCUGCAGCUGGACUGAUUGCGGGGACAUGGUCUCAGGCGCGGGUGUAUGGGGGGAUCUAUGCUGCAUGGGCGGCUGUACUGCUGCUGGUUGUGGUGACGCUGGCCAGAGCACUCUACUGGAGCUGCCUACGGGUCAGCCAACCCCUUCAGAACUUCACAUAGAGACAGACAGACAGGGAGGGAGGGAGAAGGGACAGGGGGUGAGAGAAAGAGAGAGAGAGGAGGGGUACUGGAGAGAGUCAGAGUGAUGGCUGGAGUGAGUGAGUGAGUGAGUGAGGGAGAAAGAGAGAGACAGUGAGUGAAUGAGAGAGCGAGAGAGAAAGGCAGAGCGAGUAACGGUUUAAGUGAGAGAGAUCAAGCGACAGAGAUUAGAGUGUGCAGGGGGCAGAUGAGUGGAUGGAGGGAUGGGGUCAGACUGUUUUAAAGAAAUAUUUAUUUAGCUGAAGUGUUGUCGAGCGUUGGAUGGUGUUACCCAUGACUGUGCCGCAGACUUACUGACACGUUACGCAACUAAUCUCCAGUCGCCCCGAGCAUUUUAAUCCCGUGCAUUCAAAAAUGCGCCCACCUCACUCUUACUUUCAUGCACCCAAAUAUAGUAGCUUAGUAGCCCAUUUGGCACAAUUAAAUGAACCAUGUGACAGGCUCUCACUCUCACACAUGCAUGUAUACAUACAGUGGCCCCCAAAAGUAUUUGGAUACUUUAAACAUUGGAACACUUCAAUGAAGUUAGGUUACUUCAUAAAAUGUUUAACAAAAUGAUACCUGUUUCGGAGAGAACAACCUCUAGCACAUCAUCAAAAUGAUGGUAGACUCUUUGUGUGGAGAAACUGUGGAGAGGAAUUCCAACCAGGCUGCAUUAAGGCUAGUGUGAAACACAGAGGUGGAAACGUCGAAGUCUGGGGCUGUUUUUCUUACAGUGCUGUUGAUGAGCUUGUGUUUAUUAAAGGCAUGGAUGUAAGCCUGCAGAUGUCUGCAUAGAAACUGCUCAAACAAUAACAAUCUGAAACACAACAGCCACUUUUUGCAACAAUACAAAAGAAAAUGACAGUUUUGGAAUAUUCUGUUUAAAAUAAAUGCCACUUGCUUUGACAUUUUGGUACCUGACACAAUAAACUUAAUACAUUUACCUUUAGGGGCCACUGUAUAUUUACUCUGCCUGCCAAAAGCAUGGGGGCACCUAGGUUUGUCUUCUUUGUAAAUUUACAAUAACGUAUUAAAUAGACAACUGUUUAUAUCUUGCCAUUUUUCUUUGCAAUAAUUGCAAAACUAUAAACAAACAACUGAUAAAACUGCUGUCUUUUAAAUAAUGAUAAACCCCACAAAUUUUUACUCCCUUGUUGUGAUGUCAGCAUUCAUAAGCACUCAGAUCCUUCAGUCGUUUAGGGCUGAAGCAGUUUCAAUACAUGCUUUUUAACAGUAGUUCGGCAAAGAAAACCUGCUAUACAUAUCAAGGAAGACAACAUAAAUCUAAGAGAGUUAAGAUAUACUUAAUGUACUUCAGUACCUUUGCAAAUAUUUGUUCUUACGUAAUUGAAAAAUAGCAGUAAAAAUCAACUACUACUCUGAGCAUUUCAAUCAUAGGUAAGGUGACCCCAAACUUUUGAAUGUCAGUGUACUCACAUGCCCUUAAUCCACUGACCCCAUUAGCCUACAUAACUGGAAGUUUGGAUGAACAGGAGCAGACUGGAGGUGUUGAGUAGCGUUUAGUCUUGAUCAGUUAGAUGUGUUUUGAUUGUUAAUGUAAAGUAAUGUACAGUCAACAAUGUCAGUAGAAGCGUUGUUGUGAAUGCUGCCGUUAAUCCGUGCAUCUGCAGUCCAAAGUGUAAAGAGGCCUUACAAAGGGACAAUUCAGUCUCUCCACCACAAGGGGGCUCUGCUUCAACACACAAGUGCAUACACAUACAUACUCUUCACCUUCCAUAUGACCACAUGUACAUACAGUACCAUGCAAAAGUCAGAGACCACCCUUCAUUUAUUUCAUUUCCUUUCAAAACAGACAGUAUGUACAAGUUAUUUUUUUCUCAGCAUCAGGAAAAAGCAGAAAACUUCUACAUAAGCAUUGGCAACUAAAUAUAUAAUUUUAUAUAUAUUUUAAUUAUAUAUAUAAUUUAAAAUAUAUAAUUUUUUUCAGUGUUUAGUGUGUCCAACUUUGUCCUUUAUAACAGCUUCCAUUCUUUUCAGUUUUCCAAAUAAAUCUGCAGUUGUAUUUUUCCACACCUCCAAAGUUCAGUCUUAGAAGUUGGUUGUUUUUUUUUCUCCUCAUCACCCACUCAUGAAUCAAUGAUUCUGAGGUCUGGCAAAAACAGAUGACAGUUUUAGUGGUCUAGCAGGUCUUUCAUGAUUGUUAGGAGUCUCAUUUUCUCUAUAUUUUUUCAAAAUCUCCAGUUUUGAAAAGUCCUGCUUUUCCUUUUACUUACCCAUUUUCCUGUGCAAGUGGAUUGUCUUAUAUCUAAUCUCCUCUUAAGUAUCUCCUGAAAAAUCAUCAGCUUGUACUAAAUGGCCAUUUUGAUUGGACAUUAAAUAAAUGAAGGUGGUCUUACUUUUGCACAAUACUGUACACACACAUAAUCUAGGGCUGUGACUAUAUAUUGGUGUAACUAUAUAUUGUGAUAUUAAAUUAUGACGUAGUUAGCAUUAAUCCAAAUAUGUAUAUAUUGUCGUACAUUAUGACAUUUUGGGCCCUUGAUCAGUAAUCAAGAUUUCAAAUCGAACGUACGUCCUUGUUUUUAUUUGUUUUCAGAUGCUUAUUUUUUUGGAACAACAAUUGUCACAAAUUUUGGAUGCUUAUUACCUUCAUGUAUCAGUUAAAAUUGUGAUAUAGUCUGUAAGCAUGAUCAUCAUACUCUGAGCAGAUGUUCAUAUCCCAGCCCUAAGGGUCAACACAUACAUGCAGGCAUAAUGAACUCCGCUAGUGGGUGCUGUUGUAACAGUUUUUUUUUUAUCUUAUAUUUAUAUGUUGCAAUCACAGUACACCACAACAAGGUCACAUUAGCAGCAGGUCAUGCUCUGCUUUAAUGCUUUCAUCUGCAGAACGUCCAGUCGCUAUAAUAGCCUGUCACUCAAACAUACACAGACAUAAACACACACAGGCAUAAACAAUCUUGCAUUCAUCCCGUUUUGGCUUUUUGUUCAGCAGAAGGCAGUGUUUUUAUUGUUAUUAAUUUUUCUUCUGUAUGUAAAUAUUCUUUGUUAUUUUAAAGAAUACUGACUGAUCUGUUGCACUAUUGAGGAUCUAACCCUUUGAUUCCUGAAGGACUUUCUUUAUUUUUCUCUCUAAUUUUAAAUGUGAAAUCACUACAACAUUAUAGGUUUUGAUUUAUUUUUAUGUACUAACAAUGUGAAGCAUCAAGGUGAUACACAGACACACGCUCUCCCUCACCAUGACUGAUUACUCGAAAGACCUGCGUUAGAGUGACUGUCUUACUUAUUUAUGACCAGAAGGAUGAUGUUGAUGUUUUGUUCAUGAUUAUAUGGAAUUUGUCAUGUUAUUAACUCCAACAUGUUAAGAGUUGCGAUCAAUGAUAUGCGCUAAUCACAGGGGUAUGGGGUUUCUGUGUUUAACUGCUCUGUGUUUAAAGCUUAGUUCAUGACUUUAGGCACCCCUGCGCUCUUAUCUGAUAUGGAGAAACCGCAGUUUAUUUCGUGCACUAUGUUUUUCACUGUGUACCACCAGCACUGCACGGUUUAAAGGAAUGCUUCAGCCUAAUCUCUAUCUGCUGCAUCUCUGUCAUACCAUUGAUUACCACUAACAGUAAUUUUGAUGUGUUUACCUGUACUUGGAAAGAGAACAGAUACUGACUCGAUACAUACUUGGGCAGCCAUUGGGCAGUUGUUGAAUUCCGUGAAUAGUAUAAAAUACACGACUGUACAACUCUUAAGGGUAACCAAUUUGAAAAAUCUAAUUUGAAACAAUAUGUUUCAAAUAUGAUAUUUAAAUGAUAUUUAAAGGUAUCACCAGUGUGCCCCUCACUUUCAUCUGAGGGUCUGUCAUUUAUUGUCUUCAGUGGAAACCACUGUCAGCAAUCUAAACUAGGCAUCUGCGUGCAUUCUGUCAGAGUAAAGAGGGUUGGGAGGGGGUGGGGCUUAUGUUAUGCACACACCCAAAUAACUGGGCUUUUUAUUAAUUAAUUAUAAGUUCUUGGGGUUCUAGGUGUGUUGAAUCUGAGGUCUGUAGAAUCAUUGUAAACAUUUUUAAGAUACAAAAUAUUAAAAAUCUAAUUGAAUCUUCACCUCGGAAUUAAAAUUGUAUUGAAUAUAAAAAUGUGCAUGCAUGUAAGCACUGAGCAUGGUACAAAUAUUGAGAUAUUAGCAUUAUCAUAAGAACACAAGGCACUCCUAGUUUUUUGCCUUAUAGAAAAGUCGUUCUGAGGCAACACCGUAUUGUAUCGAAUUAAAUCGAAUUUUAAAUUUGUAUUGUUACACUCCUGUACAGUGCAAAUUCAGAGCACAGCCCUUGCAUUCGAAUAAUCCUAGUAUGAGACAGAAAUGAGAAAAUAUUUCACCAAAGCAAAAAGCUAUUUGACUUAAUUUCGCUUCCCUGAGGUUUUCUGGUAUCCAUCUGCAAUCAGGAGACCUGAACUCGGCCCACACCAAUACACUGGUAACAUGUUACCACGAAUUCUGUCUGGAAAAGUAGUCUCAUCUCAGAAAGUACAUAAUAUACUGUUGAAGAAUUUAUUAAUGUGAAUAUAAAACUUUACAAAAUAAUUUGCAUAAAUGACAGAAUUUAGCAGCUGCACAGUGGCUUUGUUUGUGAGUUGUAGAGACCAUGCUGUAGAGAUGUGGUGGAUAGAUAUUAAGCUGAAAAGUUCUGGAGUAUUCCUUUAACGCUUUCCAAGCUCCAGCACUCCUCAUUCAACUCGAGAAGGCCAUGAAAAAUGAAAAAGCCUGAUUUGUUGCUCUUUUUCCUCAUAUCUUCCAGUUAAAACCAUAAUAUGGUUAAUAAGCAUGAUUACUGUACUGUAUUUAGUAUUCCAUGUUCUCUCACAUCCGAUUCAAUGCAUUAUCAAGAGCUUAAUAUUGCCUGAUGCAUUGUACCAGGUGUGUUGGAGUGGAGGCGAUGAAAACGUCCAGUGCUGGGGGUCUCCAUGACUGGGAUUGAGACCCACUGUUCCAAAAACUUGAAAGCCUGUCUUACUUGCUCUGUUUUGGCACUCACUUCGGUAGCAAUGCCUACAUACAAGAUUAAAGGGUUCUCUUUUUUUCCAAUAAAUCAGUCAAAUGUUUAUUCAGGGCAAAGGGCUAAAGGUUUUGCAGUUUGACCAUAAAAUAAAAUACCACAUGGCAACAAAAUAACAAUCUUCUCUUACUCUGUCAGUAAGUAGAUAUAGAGGCAUCAAACUCACUCGCUAAAGUGAAUUAACUUAUGAAUCAGUGAAUUGGAUGUUCAAUUGAAACGAACUGGCUGGUUUGGUGAAUUGAAUUUUCUUAUGAAUACACUUUGGUGUAGUAGAGGAAACAUGCUAGAAACAAGUUAAAUAGAUAGAAACAUUGUUUUACUGUUUGCUGAAAGAGUCAAGUGGAUUCUGUAUGGUCGUCCUAAAUGUGUAAUGAAACCGGAAAGGAAUGAAGACAGGAGUUUUUCAGACCCUGAAUCAAUGGGAAGAGAAAGGAAAAUUUGAGGUCACAUAGAUAAAUAUGUACUGCUUUUGAAGUGCUGAUCUAGGAUCAGUUUUUUGUUUCAUGCCACAGUUUACACUUCGUUGUUUCAUUAUAUCUGAGCAAGGAUCAGCCAUAAAAAUGCAGGCAUAAAUGCACCCAAGAAGCGUUUGAAUCCAAAUUCUCAAACCAUUUUUUAAUCAGAUGUUUUAUAAGUGUACGUUUUAUGUCCAAAGGUUUGUAGACACCUGCUUCUUCUGAAUACGAGGUAUUAUAAGGAGUCUUCUUGGAAGGCCUUACACUAGAUGUUGAAACAUUGCUGUGAGCAUUUGAUUGCAUUCAGCCACAAGAGCAUUACUGAGGUCAGGCUCUGAUGUUGGAUGAUUAGAUCUCAAAGAUGCUGGAUGAAGCUUCAUCACUCCAGAUGGACGCUUGGCAUUGGGUGUAGUGGCCUUAGGUUCAUAUGCAGCUGCUCCAGAGUGUUCCAUUCUAUUGGUCAGUGCUUUUCCACAUAGAUUGUAAUGCUGUGUAUAAGCAAUUUAGCGUCUGUAUCAGCAAUGGGUGCAUUUUAAAGUAGCUGCAAUCACUAAUUAGAAGGGGUGUCUGGAUAAUUUUGGACAUAUAGUGUACAUCUGUCCCUUCAAACCAAACCUAUAACCAAAACUUCUCCUAGUACAUUGACUAAAACAGCCAACUUCUUGUGAACAACUGUCGGCACCGUCUCUAAAGUUGGAAAUUACGCCAGCAUGCAGAAUCGUGAUGUGUUUUGCGAAGAAGGGAAGACACCAUAAAUAAGGAGCAACAGGCAGUUAGUUGGCUGUCAUGUUAUCUGGAGAUGCAUUUGACUACAGUGCAUAAUUGUACAUGUUUAAAAUUUUGCCAGGAUCCAAUCUGGAUAUACAGUGGUAUGGAAAAUGUGGGCACCCCUGGUCAAACUCCAUGUUCUUGUUGAUUUUUGUUGAUUUUUUUAGAUGAAAAUGUUAACACAUCCUCUACAGAGAACUGCACAUUUUAAUACAUAAUUGCAGUUUAUUUGCUGAAUUUAAUAUUUUGGGGUACAAAUAAAACAUAAAAUGUGGCCUAUACAAAAGUUAUGGCACAUUUUACAUUUUAUGCCCCCCCCCCGAUAUUAUAAACCACAUGUCAGUCUCCAGUCCCUGCAGGCCAAAGCACUGCAGACUCAAGCACACUGCCUCAUUAAACACACCUGAUUCAGCAUAUUAGCUGAUUAGCAAAGCCUUCUUGAGCUGAAUUUAGAGUGUUAGAUGAGGGUAAAGGCUAAUAUCUGUCGCACUUUGGUCCGGAAGGUCCCUAGUUUGACAUACCUGCAGAUAAAUAGAAAUUGUGCACUAAAAUUUGCAGAAAAAUUUCGUAUUUACAUUCCCUAUUCCCUGAUUUGUUAACUUUUACAUAGAAAAUCAACAAAAUAUGUAAUUUGACCUGGGGGGGGGUAAAUUUUUGUGUACAACUGUAAGUCACUUGACAUGACCAAGUGUAAACAGGGUGUUGAAAAGUGCAAGGAAUUUAUAAUAAUUUAAAAUAAUUUGCAGUAAAUGGUCCAUGUAAAUGCAGGCCAAGGGGCGCCUACUGUCUUAAACUACGCUGCUUUGAGGUCACAAGAACCUGAUACUGAUACUAUUUAUGCCAAGAACAAAAAGGCCAGGAUGAAGCUUUUUCUCUGAGUUUGUUUACAAAUGAUGAAGGCAUGAUGAUGACGAUGGCGAUGAUGAAGAUGACAUAAAAAUGUGAAAACAAAA